AAAGGAACAAAAAUUGCAUUGGUAGUUGAAUGUGAUGGUCUUACUCUUACUCACAUCACAACUUCAUCGUUCUCCUUCGCUCUGCAAGGCAACCGUAAUCUAAGGUUUGGCGCAAGGUUUUAAAUUGAGGUCCACAACUAAAGGGUUUUUGUUUCUCCGCAACGGAAUCACAACCGCAGUUGUAGCGGUAUCAAAUUCAACCCAUAUUUGUCUGCAAUUCUGCGACAUAACCGUAACCGCAAUUUAAAAUCUUGGUUUAGUGUAACCUUUGCACUAAAUUUACCUACAAGGUGUUGGCCUAGUGUGAGCUGUUAGGUGAAUUGUGAUCAUUGAGCUCAUUCGAUAAUGGCUGCUUCAUCUGGGAGGCCUGAGCAGGAUACCAGCAACAACACACAUCCCAGGCUGGAUGUCUAUGUGUGGGACAUGGAUGAGACCCUAGUACUCCUCAACUCCUUGCUGAAAUCAUCCUAUGCCGAGGCUUUCAACGGUCUGAAGGAUGUCCAGAAGGGCGUCGAGCUCGGGAGGAUGUGGGAAAAUCUCAUUCUACAAUUAUGUGAUGAUUAUUUCUUCUAUGAACAAAUUGAAGAUUACAAUAAGCCGUUUCUUGAUGCUCUGACCCAAUUUGACGACGGGAGGGAUCUGUCGGAUUAUGACUUCAACCAAGAUGAAUUAGGUGCCCCAAAUGAUGAUGACAACAAAAGAAAACUUGCUUAUAGGCAUCGAAUUAUAGCCCAAAAAUAUGUACAGGGUUUGCAUAAUAUUUUAGAUCACGAGGCAAUAAAAUUCUGGAAUGAAUUAUAUGAUAAAACUGAUGAAUAUACUGACAAAUGGCUUUCAUCAGCACGGGCCUUCUUGAAGGAGUGUUCAGGUGAAAAUAACGAUGCAGUUUCUUCUCUUGCUUUUGUUAACACAAGCAAUGAUUCCAAUAAUGCAAACCCUCAACAUAUAAAUGUUUUAGUGACAUCUGGAUCGUUGAUACCCUCUCUUGUAAAAUGCUUGCUCUUUCACCUGGACAGCUUAAUACCACAUGCAAAUGUUUAUAGCUCAUGGGAAGUGGGAAAAGUUCAAUGUUUCCGAUGGAUCAAGGAGCGUUUCAACCACCCCAAUGUUCGCUUUUGUGCAAUUGGAGAUGGAUGGGAAGAGUGUGAAGCGGCUAAAACCAUGAGAUGGCCUUAUGUUAAGAUUGACCCAAGGCCAGAUAAACUUCACAGGUUCCCUGGUCUCACACUGAGAACAGUUAGCAGUUAUUUUUCUGUGGUGUACGGAGGACCUAACAAUGAGAAUGAUGAAGAAUGAUGCGCGAUUUUAUGCCUUCUACUCUUUUCUGGGACCCCCCCAAGAAAAGAAGCACAACCAGAAUUGUCUUACCAAGUGUUUAAUUGCUGUCAUGAGAUGGCUGCACAACUUAUGUGCUAAUUGCAUUUGAAGAGAUUAGUUGAACUAUUUUUCUGACAUGAGUGAUCGUAGCAUCAACAUGUAGAUGUUGACAUUUAAUGAAUGUAGAUCAUUCACCACUUCUCUUGUAUAUAAGAUGUUUCAAAUUUAUCUCUAUGAACCUUCUCUAGGUCA